CAGUUUUCUGGGUCUUUAAGCGCCCUCUAAAGGAACACUUUGGACUAACAGGAAACAACGAUUUUGAGAGACAAGCGAAAAGCAUUUUGGGUCAUUUUGAAAGAUGGCGGACGACGCUGAGCAGCAACAAACCACCAACACUGUAGAAGAGCCUCUGGAUCUCAUCCGGUUGAGUCUGGAUGAGAGGAUCUAUGUGAAGAUGAGAAAUGACAGAGAGCUGCGCGGCAGACUGCACGCCUAUGACCAGCAUUUAAACAUGAUCCUCGGAGAUGUUGAAGAGACCGUGACGACUGUGGAAAUUGACGAGGAGACGUAUGAGGAGAUUUACAAGUCAACGAAGCGAAACAUUCCUAUGCUGUUUGUCCGAGGAGAUGGAGUUGUGUUAGUGGCGCCGCCACUGAGGGUCGGAUAACUAACUUCCUUGAGUUGUACUCAACUUACCUACAGAAUUAUGCUUUGGACUCUAAAUUCUUUAAGUGGGUGGACUUUUAAGUGGUUGAUGUUUUCAUUUGGACCCACAGAGUUGUAAAUCUGUUUAUUUUGCAACUGAACCUUUUGUUUUGCUUUUUUGAAACCCGUAUUGGCAGUUUAUUUGCGCCAUAUUUUUUGACUGUCAUUAAAAUUUUUGAAGUUC